GUUGGACUUGUAAUUGGUACACCGGAUGCGAUAUUUCUGUCGGUACAAAUCAGGCGCUUGGGUUGUGGUUUGCAAAUGCGUACUUUUGAUAUGGUUGCAACAGCAUAUUUGGGUGACCUGACCGUUGAACAACCACAGUACAAAAGUUUGGUACCUGGCCGGGAAACACUGUUUGUUAUUGAUAAUACUCAUAAAAGUGAUCAGAAUUUGCUGCAACUGAAAUACGUACAGGCAAACAAAGAAAGUCCAUUCUUUGCGACCGAUUACAAAUCCACCGAGCAGGCAAUUGAUUUUUCGUUCAGAACGCUUACGGUUACACUUCAUCAGGAAGCUUUGGUGAGCUUGAAAAAAUACGCUGAAACAUUGCAAGCAAAAAUCGCUGAGUUACAAGAGCAACAAGGAGUAAAACCAAAAGAAACAGCUGUUGCAGCUAAUGCGGUAGAUGCUGCACCAGAACAAGUCGAGAAAAGAGCACUUUCGCGAACCCCAAGUCAACAAAGCGUAAAAUCAUUGUCAACAUUCGAAUCAAUGAAACUGAGCCAGGCUCGACGUCAGCGUGAGCUAGAACAGGCACAAGACGAUCGAAUUAUCAAAACACAUGUGAAUGCUCUGUUUGAUGCAUUAUCGGUAUAUGUUGGAUCGAAUGAGUGCUUAGAUACGUCGCUUGGUAUCAGUGAAAUUCGAGCUACAGUCAUAAUGAAAGUGGUAUGUUUCGAGAUUUUGGGAUCGCAUUCAGCUACGUACUGUCCUUUAUGUUUCAUCAUUCCAUCGAUGCUGCACUUGGCAACUUCUUCAUUCUUUAUUAUGCAUUGUGUGCAGUGUCCCUAUAUGUAUACGUAUGUGCCUGAGUGCGUUCAACUGGGCUACCACAAAAGCUAG